AAGCAGCGGGUCUUAUUUUUCUACUCUCUUGUGGGAAUGAGUUGCCAAUCUUUCACUUCGGCCGAUACCUUUAUACCUCUGAAUUCUGAUGCUUCUGCAGCUCUGCCUCUGAUAAUGCAUCACAGUGCCGCUGAGUGCCUCCCCGUCUCCAACCAUGCCACCAACGUGAUGUCUACAGUCCCGUCUAUUUUGUCUUUGAUCCAAACUCCUAAAUGUUUGCACACGUAUUUCUCGAUGACAACUGUGGGAAAUACAGCGACUGGACUUCAUUAUUCUGUGCCUUCCUGUCAUUAUGGAAACCAGCCAUCCACCUAUGGCGUAAUGGCAGGCGGUCUAACCCCCUGUCUGUACAAGUUUCCGGAUCACACCCUGAGUCAUGGCUUUCCUCCACUGCACCAGCCUCUCCUGGCAGAAGACCCCACAGCCUCUGAAUUCAAGCAGGAACUCAGGAGGAAAAGUAAACUGGUUGAAGAGCCAAUUGACAUGGACUCCCCAGAAAUCCGGGAACUUGAGCAAUUUGCCAACGAAUUUAAAGUGAGAAGAAUUAAGUUAGGAUACACCCAGACGAACGUGGGCGAAGCUCUGGCCGCUGUGCACGGCUCAGAAUUCAGCCAAACAACCAUCUGCCGAUUUGAAAACUUGCAGCUCAGUUUCAAAAAUGCAUGCAAACUGAAAGCAAUUUUAUCCAAGUGGCUGGAGGAAGCUGAGCAAGUCGGAGCGUUGUACAAUGAAAAAGUGGGAGCGAACGAGAGGAAACGGAAACGAAGAACAACUAUCAGUAUUGCAGCUAAGGAUGCUCUGGAGAGGCACUUUGGACAGCAGAGCAAGCCUUCCUCUCAGGAGAUCAUGCGGAUGGCUGAAGAACUAAACCUUGAGAAAGAAGUAGUAAGAGUUUGGUUUUGCAACCGAAGGCAACGAGAAAAACGGGUGAAAACCAGUCUGAACCAAAGUCUAUUCUCUAUUUCGAAGGAACAUCUCGACUGCCGAUAAGACUCGGGUGUGGUAGCCAUUUGGGUAGCAGUUUUCCACUCCUUUCAGUUUUUGAGCAAAAUCAGGAGUUACUCACUUGAUUAGUUUCAACUAGAUUAAAUCAAUAAUUGCAGGGUUUUUUUUAAGAACCCAGUGAUGUAAAUUGAGAUAUUUAAUUGUUCUUAGAAUUCAGUGUUCAUUUUAAUUCUAAGACACUAACAGCUAGGAAACCCUCCCCCAAUACUUCAUCCAUUCUGCCUCUGGCUCACAACUAUUUGUAACAUUUCCAUGUGGGCUCAUGACUCUUUUAGUCUCUGUGGGCACCAGGCAUGCAUGUGGUGCACAAAUAUACAUGUAGGCAAAAAGCUCAUAUAUGAGCUUUAUAUAUGAUAAAAAUAAAUCUAAAAAUGAAAAAGUAUAUUGGUUUAUAUUAGGCAUGCCACUAGCCCUAAAGAUUUUUUGAGUAAAGUCUGAAGGACAAAGGUGACCAAGAAUUUUACCUUUACCACCAGAAAUAAUUUUCAGUCAGAGUAUCUUUAAAGUUAACAUUGAGGACUGGCUCCUAAAGAAAUGAUUUUUUGAAAGAUUUGUAGAAACAUUUAGGCAUGAUGUCUAUAUUCUUUAAGAAACAUUAGCUUUCUGCCAUUCUGUUGCAGAAAACAAAAGCUGCAAACUUAAGCUCAAUGUAAAGUAUCCCUCGGAUGUUUCAGAUGCUGGGCUCAAUCUUGAGCAUAACUGAAACUCAGAAACAAAAAUAUACUUUAAAGAUUCCAGACCCCUGCCAUCAAUCUCUCUGUCUGUAAGCUGUAACAGGGCAAGACUACCUGUCUUAUUUGCUGUUUUUUCUCUGGUGACUAGAAAAGCGCUUGCUUAUUGUAGGAAUCUAUGAACAGGGCUAAAGAAUGGGUCAUACUGUGCACAACUGAUACAAAUGUGAAGGGUGUCAGCCAACUUGAAAAAUCUAAGCUAUUUUUGAUAUCUCAGGGUAGAAAUUCACUUGAGGUCCCUUAACAAUGUGUCAAUUUUGCUAUGAUUGGUUACAGCAUGAUUUAUUAUUAAUAAAAGUUGGAAAUAUUGACUUUUCAAUCCUCAGAACUACAACAAGGAAGGUAUUUAUUGAAUCUAAAAGUGAACUCCUUUAAAACGUGUAACCUAUAAUGUGAUGCAAAUCUAGAAUAGCAACUUCGGCGUUUUCAAUGUCAG